GGAAGCGAGAUCAUCCUGGAAGAAAAGCUGUGUGUCCUUAAUGCUGGCUGGAGCAGAGUACGUACCUGGACAGAGGAUUGGUGCAAUACUCUGCUGAAUCACCAGAGUCAGAUGGAGAUUUUCGAUGAGAAUGUUGCUCACAUAAGCACUUGGCUCUACCAAGCAGAAGCCCUCCUUGAUGAGAUUGAGAAAAAGCCAGUUGUCAAGAAAGAAGAAACUGUGAAGCGCCUGCUGUCAGAGCUUGAUGACGUCAGUCUCAGAGUGGAUAAUGUUCGUGACCAGGCCAUAAUUCUUAUGAACAGUCGUGGUAAUUCUUGUCGUGAAUUGGUAGAACCAAAGCUGGCUGAACUGAACCGCAACUUUGAGAAAGUCUCUCAACACAUAAAGGCUGCCAAGGUGCUUGUGAGUCAUGAUGCCCUAGCACAAAGUCCAGGA